GCGGUACGAUAACAACAAUGCACCGCUCAUGUAUGUCCGCAUUCAGGUUGGGCAAGCGUCCUGCAGCGCUUUGCUCGAUAGCGGUGCGUCUCGCAACUUCAUGAGCCAGUCUUUUAUGCAAAGAGCUGGCCUUGGCGCACAAGUUCGGAGGAAGGCAAACCCGACGUCGAUCAAGUUGACGGAUGGUAAGACGCAACAACUUCUCGACCGUUACAUCGAGGCCGUACCGGUCUACUUCGCACCUCAUGCAUGCGAACCGGUAACAUUCGAUAUUCUCGACACGGACUUCAACAUCAUUCUGGGAAUGCCUUGGCUCGCGAGUGCGGAUCACACGAUCAACUUCCAUCGGCGGACUCUUAGCGUUCGCGACGCCUUCGGCGCGGAAGUGGCGUCCAAUCAGGAGCCAAGUGUUCGCCGACAUCUUCGAGUCACCUACCGGUGUGGUGCCGGGUCGUCGAUCUCUCACGAGAUCAUUCUUGAGGCCGGUGCCGUGCCACCGAAAGGUUGCAUCUAUCGGAUGAGCGAGGAGGAGCUUGAGGUACUCCGCGCACAACUCGAUGAUUUGUUGGCCAAGGGCUGGAUCCACCCGAGUAGCUCUCCAUAUGGAGCACCAGUUCUCUUCGUCGGGAAGAAGAACAAGGAUCUACGAUUGUGCAUCGACUACCGCAAGCUCAACGCGCAAACCGUCAAGAAAGCGGGGCCUCUUCCUCGCAUCGACGAUCUUCUCGAGCGGCUGGGCGGUGCGGAGUGUUUUUCCAAGUUGGAUAUGAAAUCAGGAUAUCAUCAAAUCUCGAUUCAGCCGAACGACCGCUACAAAACAGCAUUCAAGACGCGGUACGGGCAUUUUGAGUGGGUGGUCAUGCCUUUUGGCCUCACCAACGCCCCGGCGACGUUCCAGGCGGCGAUGACCAAUGAGUUCCGUGCAAUGUUGGACCGGUUCGUGCUGGUCUACUUAGACGAUAUUCUUGUCUACAGCCGGACAUUGGAGGAUCAUCUUGGACAUCUUCGACGAGUGUUGGAGACGCUCCGCCGUGCCAAGUACAAGGCCAACCGCGACAAGUGUGAAUUUGUCCGGCAAGAGCUGGAAUACUUGGGCCAUUUUGUCACACCGGAGGGCAUCAGUCCGCUAUCGGACAAGAUUCACGCCGUCCAAGAGUGGCCGGAGCCUCGGAACGUCACGGAUGUCCGCUCGUCCCUCGAUCUUACCGGCUACUAUCAACGUUUCAUCAAAGGCUACUCCAAGAUCGCGGCCCACUUGAACAAGCUUCAGUGCGAGGAUCGGCCAUUUGACUUCGGAGAGGAGGCGCGAGGAUCAUUCUUCGCUCUCAAAGCCGCUCUAUUGUCUGCGGAGGUCUUGCGAAUCUACGACCCGCUCGCGCCUACGCGUGUCACUACGGAUGCCUCAGGCUAUGGCAUUGGUGCAGUCCUCGAGCAACAUGAUGGUGUGGACUGGCACCCGGUCGAGUACUUUAGCAAGAAAGUGCCCCUCGUGCAUUCCAUUGACGAUGCACGCAAGGAGCUCCUCGCCUUCGUCCACAUGCUCAAGCGGUGGCGGCACUUCCUCCUUGGUCGAAGCCAAUUUCGCUGGGUAACGGACAACAAUCCGUUGGUCUUCUACAAGACCCAAGACACCUUCGACUUCUUUCCCGAUCACAUUCCCGGGAAGUCGAACCGUUUUGCGGAUGCUCUUUCACGGCGUCCGGAUCACUGUACCGCGGUCUACUCAACGUUCGAGAUCAACGACGACCUGCGGAACAGCUUCAUCCGCGGCUACCAAACCGACCCCGAUUUUCGCGACAAGUACGCGAAUUGCUCCUCUCCUAAUCCGGUUCCUUCUCACUACCGGAUCCAAGAGGAGUACUUGCUUGUCCACACGCGGGGGAAGUACCUUCUUUGUGUACCGAGUGAUCCUCACUUGCGUACACGGCUUCUUGGCGAGUUCCACGACGCUCCCUUCACUGGACAUUUUGGAGUCAAUCGCAGGAUUGGCCGACUUCGCCAACGAUUUUGGUGGCCCGGCCUUCUCGGCGACGUCACGCGCUAUUGCGAGUCAUGCGAGGUUUGCCGACGCUGCAAAUCCCGCAACCAUCGUCCGUACGGCGAGUUACGACCAUUGCCAAUCCCGUUGAGGCGAAGGGAAGCGAUUGCCAUGGACAUCACCGGCCCGUUCCCCAAGCACACGACCGGAGUGGAUGGGAUUCUCACGGUGGUCGACCGACUCACCAAGUUCGCCAUGUUUUUGCCUUGUCAUUAUCAUGCCAAGGCACCGGAGUUGGCCGAGGUUCUGUAUGCCGGUUGGAUUCGCACCAAGGGUUACCCCAAGGAGAUCGUCUGCGACCGCGACACUCGGUUCAUGUCCGAUUUUUGGUUGGCGCUCAUCAAGCGAUGGGGCUCAUCUCUCAAGCCCAGUUCAGCUCGCCACCCUCAGACCGAUGGCCAGACGGAGAGGGCGCAUCAGACCGCACAGGUUCUCCUUCGCACUCUCAUCCGCCCCGACCAGAAAGACUGGGUUGAGCRACUGCCGGAYGUKGAGUUGGCCUACAACUCUUCCAUCCACCCGGCUAUUGGGAUAUCGCCCUUCGAGUUCGAGCACGGCUCGCCGGUCACGUCACCGUUGGACACGAUUACUCCACGCACGGCCGAGAGCGACGACCAUCUUCUUUUCUUGCGGCGGAUGCAAGAACUUCUUGUCAAGGCACGCGACCAGAUGGCUAAGACGCGACAGCGCAUGCGCCUACAGACAAAUCGCCAGCGUCUUCCUUGUCCAUUCCGCGUCGGAGACCUUGUCUGGGUUUCAGCAGCGGAAUUUAGCCUUGAGCAGGACAUCUCUCGCAAGCUCCUUCCGAAAUGGAUGGGGCCUUGGCCGAUCAUCGAGCCCGCUGGGGACGCACCUGAGGGGCCUUCCUUCACGAUUCAGGUGCCUAGCCACUUGCCCGUCCACCCAGUCUUUCAUUGUUCCAAAUUGGCUCUGUACACGCCUGCGGAACAUGAUCAUUUUCCCGGGAGACGUACGCAGGAUCCACCUUCUAUGGAUGGUUUUCAGGAGGUCGGCGACAUCAUCUCCCAGCGACGGUACGACAACAAGCCAACUGAGUAUCUGGUGCAUUUUGCUUACUGCACUCAUCGAGCUGAUCGUUGGUUGACCUGUGCGGAACUGCAAGCGACAGCUCCAGACGUCGCACGCUACGAGCGCAAGAUGCAAGGCAAGCCGGAUUCUUCAGCUCCACGCCGCGCCCGCGUCCAGGUUCCACCUUCAGACCGACGGCUUCGCCCUCGCCCCAGCUUGACUUCAUAAGGAGGGGGGGCUGUUACAUGCAGCGCGUGCACACACGGGCCAUUUUGCAGGCCCGAC